CUACGUGAGGUGAAAGGGGUCUCGAGGCGGUCCCAAUGCAUCGCAAUUGCAUCGGACCCCCGCCCGUACUUUACUGGGCCUGGGCAGGGCAAGGCCCCGGUAUAAAAGCAAACGCAACUGCCCCUUGAACACGUAGUAUUUUCCAGUAAAUCGCACAAGAAAAACUAUCCACCAUGCAGCUCGCUAUCGUUCUCUUCGCCGUCGUGGUUGCCGUCAGCGCGCACCCAGGUCUGAUCGACCCAUGGGGUGCACCUCAGGUCCACUACGCUCCAGCUCAUCAUCAAGUCGUUCUUCCGGCACACCAACCGACCUAUGUUAAGCAAUACGUACAAGAGCCGGUGCACCAUUAUCCUGAGGUAGUCGCGCACGAGCCCCAGUACAUCAAGGUGGGCCACGCCGUCGCUCAUGCACCGGUAGCAGUUCACCCCCAGUACGUUAAAGUCGCCCAGCCACCCCCAAUUCCGGCUCUGCACCCCCAGCCUCUGAACAUUAAGGUUCCUCACACCCAGUCGGUUCGCCUUCCUCUGGGCGCGGUGAAAAUUCACACGCCGCAUCUGAUCGGAGUCCAAGUUGCCGCCCCGGAACCUGAGCCAGUGAUCCAAAAGCACGCUGUCGUCCACAAAGCGGUUCACCCCGUCGCUGUUGCCCACCCCGUUCAUCCCUGGUAAAUUAAAAAAUUAAUUAAAACCAUCGUCUAAUUGAAGAGUCCCUGGUAGUUCGUCGACAACGGGUAAAUAAAUGCCGUUUGACUAGCCUGCGGCAGGUUUUAUUUUGAGUUUAUUUUAUUUUAUUUUAUUUUUUUGUCAAAAAAGAGAAAAGAAUCGCAAAAAAUUGAAGAAUCCAAUCGAGAAUUGAACAACUUCGCGUACGUCAGGCGAGCAUGCAUACGGUAACGAUAUGCCAAGUCGGUAGAAUAAUCCAGGGACUGAGAAGACCAGGCAUUCAAACUAAAAAAAAAAAAAAAAAAAAACUAAAAAAAAUCUCUACUUCUUAGAAACACAAAAAAAAUGAAUGAAUAAAUAAUGAUAUAAAAAUAAAUUAAUACUGAAAUUACAAAAAUACACGAAUUACGUAUAUUCUUCUUGUGCGGCACGUGAUAUUGAAGAAGACGAAAAACAUCAACGCUUUUCAAAUACCUAUACUCUCUUCUCCUCCCCCACCCAUUGUAUAUUUGUGUAAUUUUGCGCCCCCACUUUAAUUUAUUUUCUAAUAAAAUAUAACUUUUACAUCGA